AUGCUUCUGCAGAACUUGACACCGUACAAUUUAAGCAAUGGAACCCAACUUAAGGUGACUGAUCUGCAGAGGAACAUAAUUGAGGCAGAUAUUCUAACGGGAUGUGGCACAGUUACCAACUUGGUGUUUUUCCACCUGUUUUUUGUCAUGUUUAUGUGGUCGUAUUGGAUGACGGUAUUUGCACGUCCAGCUAACCCACCCAAACAGUUUCAGUUACCCAUGUAUGACAAGGAGCUGUACCAGGAGGAGAAGCGUAAGGAAUACAAGAAGUAUAUUCUCACAGAAGCUGUUAAAAGCAUGCCCAUCAGUAUCAUAGGAGAGAUCAGAUAUUGUGAGAAAUGUGAGAUGAUUAAACCUGACCAUUGCCACCACUGUGCCACCUGUGACGUCUGUGUCCUGAAGAUGGACCAUCACUGUUCCUGGGUGAAUAACUGUAUUGGAUUUUCAAAUCGUAAGUCAUUCCUGCUGACGGUGCUAUACGGAAUACUGUACUUCCUCUUCAUCUCUGGUACAGUACUGUAUCACAUCAUAACAUCCUCCAAAAAUGGCACUCUGACCCUCCGAGCACAAGUCAACCUCAUCUUGCUGCUUGUGGUGUCCAUCAUAUUCUUAUUGGAUAACUUGCCCUUCUUGCACUUUCACUCCUGGCUCCUAGCGAAGAACAUGUCCACUAUAGACUCCAUCAAGGCUGGUUUCGGAUGUUGUCCACAAAGAGAAGGUUUUCCACUCCACAUAAACAACAACUUCAGAGAAAUAUUUGGCAAGGAAAAGAGAUAUUGGCUGCUGCCUCUAUUUACCAGCCAGGGAGACGGAUGUUCCUUCCCAACCUGCCUUGUGGUCGUCGAUCUGAAGAAUAACAUAGCGGCCGUACAGAGUGACUCUGCCAAACAGUAUGUAUCUCAGAGGAUCUCAUAA